AUGAAUCUAUUGCUAUUUUUCCUAUUGCCAAUAUUAACUUUGGCCUUUAACAACGAUUUAAAGACUAAUGUCGCUAUCUACUGGGGUCAAAACUCCGCUGGUUCCCAAGAAUCUCUAGCUUAUUACUGUCAAAAUUCCGAUGCUGAUAUUAUCAUGUUAUCUUUCUUAAAUGAAUUCCCAACUCUGGGUUUAAAUUUUGCUAACGCUUGCAGCACUUCUUUCUCAGAUGGUCUAUUACACUGUUCUCAAAUCGCAGAAGAUAUCAAUACAUGUCAAUCUUUGGGAAAGAAAGUUUUGCUAUCUUUAGGUGGUGCUUCUGGUGCCUAUAGUUUUUCAAAUGAUCAAGAAGCAGAAACUUUUGCUCAAACCUUAUGGGAUACUUUUGGUGAAGGCUCCGGUGUCUCUGAACGUCCUUUUGACUCUGCAAUUGUCGAUGGUUUCGAUUUCGAUAUUGAAAAUAAUAACAAUGUUGGUUAUGCUGCUUUAGUCUCAAAAUUGAGAACCUUAUUCACAUCUGGUAGCAAACAAUAUUAUAUCUCUGCUGCCCCACAAUGUCCAUACCCAGAUGCUUCUGUUGGUGAUUUAUUGGCUAACGCUGAAGUCGAUUUCGCUUUCAUUCAAUUUUAUAACAAUUACUGUAAUGUCGAUAAGUCCUUCAACUGGGACACUUGGACUAACUUUGCUACUACAGUUUCUCCAAAUUCAAACAUUAAGCUAUACUUGGGUUUACCAGCUUCUGCUACUGCUGCUGGCUCUGGUUAUAUUUCUGACAUGAAUGAAUUGGCUUCCGUUGUUAGCAGUAUUUCUUCAUCUCCUAACUUUGGUGGCAUUGCAUUAUGGGAUGCGUCUCAAGCUUUUGCAAAUGAAAUAGAUGGUAAAAACUACUUUGCUAUGAUGAAGGAAAUCUUAGAGGACAAUGUCAACACUGCUGUCACUACUUCCACCACUUCCACCACUUCUACUACCUCCGCUACUUCUUCUACAACUUCAAUCACUUCUAUGACUGAAGUCACCUCCUCUGUCAUUCUAUCUUCAACUGUCAACGAAGCUAUUUCCAGAAUUCGUUCUUCAUCUGUCAAUGAAGCCACAUCUAGAGUUCGUUCUUCAACUAUUGACCAAACCACCGCUGAAUCUACAACUUCAACAUCCAGUCAAGUUGCUACACACGUCCAUACUUCUGUUAUGCAAACAAGUGCUCCUGUCAUUAUCUCGACUGUCGUAGUUUCUUCAACUGUUACCGGUACUACCACUGUCAUUGCACCAACUGUCGAAGUUACUAGUUCUUUAGAUUCAAAUGUUUCUCGUGAUACUACUACCCUGUUUCCUGCUUCUACUUUUUCUACAACUAUCCAUCAAGAUCAAGUUCCUGUUGUGAGCACCACAACUUCUACAAUUCCAGCUGCUACCACUUCCAUUUCUGCUACACAAGAUGCUCAUGUUAAAGCUCAACAAUUGAAUGCUCAAUAUGCUGCUGGUCAGCUAAAUGGCAAAUCAACUUGUACAGAUGGUGAAAUCGUUUGUUCAGCCGAUGGUAAGCUUGCUAUGUGCGACCACAGUGAUUGGGUAUACUUUGAAUGUGCUGAAGGUACAACUUGUUUUGCAUUCGAUGAUGGAAGUGAAGUUUCAACUCAAUGUAACUUCUCUGGUUUAAAGAGUAAUUUCAUGUAA